AAUUAGGUAUAAAUAAAAUAAAUGCAAUGCAUAAUUGUGUUGCACAUUGUCAUCAUUUGAUUAGAUUACCCACUUUAUUCAAUAAUUAGUAAUGAUUUUUUAUAUUUGUAAACUUUUUAUCUACAUAUUAAUUCCAAUUUUUUAUAAAAAAAACAUCAAGACCUAUGUAUAAUAACUGCAUCAGCGUGUCAUCUAAUAUUAGAAAUUUAUUAACUAGUGCUAAUGUGGUUCAAUGAUGUUCUGUAUAUUUUCAAUAAAAAUGAUAGUAUAUAUAAAUAUAGAUUCAUUUUUCAUUGAACUCUAGAGUUUGUUAGGUCUAUGAUUACAGUUAUAUAACUAAUUCUUAAAUAAUCUGUGUAUGUAUCAAUUCAUUUUUUAACUACUACCUAUUCAACGUGAACGUGCAAUUCAAGAUUUGUUCAGCAAACAAGUAGAUUAAUACCUACUAUUAUAACCUAAUCAACGUCGACAAACUGAACACACAUUAACAAUUGAAGAUUUGUACCAUAAUCAAAUGAAUCAUAUCAACAAUAAUAUUAAAAUGCAGCGAAAUUUAGUAACAAAAAAAACACGCAUGAACAUAAUUGGAAGCGGACUCAUUCAGUUAGAUCGGUUUAAAAAAUGUUCAAAAACUUAUGUCUUAAAAAAUGAUUAUAAUUUUAUAGACUUUAUCAAAUUUUUUGACUACGGUUUUGAUACGAUAAUUUGUAAAUUAAAAAAAAUGACGCAGCAAUCAAGUAUUAAAUUUAACUUGUAUCUUGAUUGUGUUUACGUGCAUGUGUUAACACAGGAACGCCGAGAUAUUUCAUUUAAAACCGAAAAUAUGUUAGCGUUUACAAAUUCAAAUUUCGAAAAUUUAUUAAAAAAAAUGUUUAAUAAACUUAUUAAGGAAGAAUCUGACUUUGUCACUAGAGGGAGUGGAUGGAGUUUAGACUCAAUUGAUGUCUUACAGUUAAGAAUUAAUAUUGUAAACCCGUUAAAUGAAUCUAGUUAUUUAAUUUUACCUGACUCAAUACGUAAUAAGAAAGCUGUUAUAAAUGUAAAAAACAAUGAUGAAAAAUGUUUUAAAUAUGCAAUUUUAUCUAAGUUUAAUAAUCAUUCAAAUAAAAGUCAAUUUAACAAACAAUAUUUUAAAAUGCUUGAAAAGAAAAGUGAUUUAAAUUUUCACUGUAUCGAUUAUCCGACACCAGUCAAACAAAUUAAAAUAUUUGAACGUUUAAAUUAUGUGUCAGUUAAUGUUUUUAGUUUAGAUGAUACAAAUGUUGUUUUCCCAUUAUAUAUGAAUAAUGUAGAAAGUAAAAAUCAUUUCGAUCUGCUUUUGAUUAAUCGUGGUGAAACAUCGCAUUAUUGUUUUAUUAAUAAUUUCGACAGACUUAUUCGUAGUCAAAAGACAAAACAUAAAUCUAAAUUAAUUAUAUGUAAAAGAUGUUUUACAGUUUUUAGUAAUACUCCUUGUAAAUAUAAAUUGUGGGGUUCUCUUAGUUCAUUAGCCGAUAAUUUAUCUGAUGAUAAAACUAGAUUUAGGGAAACCUUAAAAAUAUUUUCUCUGUCGACUUUAAAUUUAGUUACACGUAAAGGUGUGUUUCCUUAUGAAUAUAUUGAUCAUCCUACCACUGAUGUAUGUUUACUUGCUGACGUUUUUGAAAAUUUUAGAGAUCUUUGUUUGCAAACACUUAAAUUAGAUGCUUCACAUUACAUGACCACCCCAGGAUUUGCAUUUGAUUGCAUGUUGAAACAUACUAAUCCUGUAACGUGGUUAGCUUACCUGGACUGUGUAAAUCUAUAUGGAAAGUCUAUGCUAUCCGCUUUACCUUAUAAAAAUGUUGAAUGGUUUGACGAUUUAUCUAUAGAUAUAACACAAAUUGAAGAUGAUGCUGAAUAUGGUUAUAUUUUAGAAGUAGAUGUUAUUUACCCUAAACAAUUACAUAAAAAUCAUAACGAUUUUCCAUUUUUACCAGAAAAUAAAUGUCCACCAAAUUCUAAACAUGUGUCUGCAUAUCAAUUAAAUCAGCUUGCCAAAGAUCAUCUUUAA